GUAAGGAAGAGGAUAUGGAUGGAUUUCUGCUCUUCAUGCUGUCUGGCUUCUUCUGAGUCUCUGUAAAAUCUCCGUGUGAAGUGGAUUUCUGAAGUGGCUCCAGACCGUGGUGAAAGGAUGGCUGGGCCCCAUCUGCCCCCCUUCACUGCCGCCCUGGGACUGGCGUUGCUUGGUGUCCUGGUCUUCCUCUCAGCCCUGUGUGCUGCCUGCAGAAGGAAAGCUAGGAAGAAGGUGGUCCCACCGGACGGGGUGAAGCUGGUAGAUGUGUCGUUGCUGAGGCAGAUGCAGCUCCGAUCGCUCAGUAAAUCUGACACUAAACUGCAUGAGCUCAACAGGGUGAAGCUCACGGACGAGCACCAAAGACCAGCCAGCGUGGAUUUCCUUUACCCAUCAGGGUCUUUGGGGGAUGGAGAAGGAGCCGUGCAUAGCUCGAGCUUCAGCAUCCUGCUGCACCGAGAGCUGCCCCAGAUCCCCAAUUCCAACCCUUCGGCUGAUGCCCUGAGUCCUGACCAGACCUACUCGAACGUGUCCUUCUUAGCCCCGCUGAAACCAGCCCUGGAGGCGCUGUACGAGUGUGCGGCCGUGACUCAGGAAGGGCCUCAACCAAUGCCCGUCUUGGGAACCCCGAUGGAGGCUUCCCCUCUAAGCGAGGAGGACAAGGCAGUGACGGCUGAGUACGCCUGUGUCCGCAAGGUGAAGAAGAAUUUCCAGCCAGAGCUCCAGGAUGAGUCACAGGGCGAAUCCUCCGUGGGGCCUGCAGACCCAGAAGGCUGGGAAGGAGCUGCCUGUAACCCCGCAGCGGUGAAGGUAGAAGAAAUGUACUCGACUGUGUGCAAAGCUGGAAAGAAGAAGAAACACCAAGGCUCUGCUCCGUCCCCCUCUGAAGGAAUGGACACUGGGGAGACGGGCCAAGGAGAACAUGGGUGGCCAGCCGCCCAUCUCAGACAUGUCAGGGUUGGGUAUCAGUCCACACCGGGCCGAGUCUCACUCACUGAGCCCUGCUAUGAGUCUAUCAAGGAUGGAUCCUGGACUGAGCAUGGCAGGAACCCAGCCCCAGAACCGGCCUACGAGGCAGUAGAUGUCAACUGGAAAAAGCCCAAGAGAAGGGACAAGUCUACCAAGAACUGCCCCACCGAGAACUUGUAUGAAAGUAUCAGCGAAAUGUGGGAAGGGGACCCUAGGAACACAGCUACCCUGGCAGCUCCCAAUGGCUUGGAGAUAUAUGUAACAGACUUAUAACCCCUUAUCUAUAGCUGCCCCCUUCUUGGGAAGGUCUGUGCUCCUCCACUGAGACCUCCAGCUGUCUCAGAUCUCAGCACAUGGCGAGGCACAACAAGAACAUCCAACACCACAACAGUAAAUACUAAAAACAUCAACCCACUCUAAACCCUCCUGUCUCAGGCCAACCUGUCACUAACGGGAGUUAAACUUUCCCUGCGGGCCGCGUAUCCCAUUGCUCCUUCUGCAGAACUCCUCACACCUUCCUCUGAAGCAGCUGCUGCUGGGCACAGUCCAAGGCAGUUCACUGGGCUCGGUGGACCUAUGGUGACCUGAAAACUACAGGCAAAAGAACUGAGUAAUUCUAAUGGGUGCCCACCGGGGUUUGGCAUUGCUUGGGGGUUGUGCCCAUUCUAGGGGGCACAGACACCCAGGUCGGGUGCCUCUCUUGCCUGAGUCUUCAUGCAGGGUCCAGUGAAGCUGGCCACAGAAACCUAGUUAACUCAGGUGCCCCUUUCCUUAAUAAAGAGGAAUCUCCC